CUUGGAGAACCCCUGGCUAUUGGUCCACAAGAUUCCUCAUGAGUGAAAAGUCCAAACCACAGGGCUAUUUGCAAGCUGUUCCCAAGUGUUUAAACACAGGACAGCAUCUCCGCCUGUGAGAUGAGUUAAUGUACAACCUUGAGAGCUUUCCCAUCACUAAGGUUUAUUUUUUGUUGUUGUUUUUAUGACAAACCACAGUUCUAGAAGGUUGUUUCUUACACCUGAAGCAACCGGACUUGGGAUCUGAGACUACAGAAGCUGAGGUGAGCCCCGGGGAUUUGAGCACAGUGGGGCUGGAGGGCGGAAAAGAGGACAAGUAUCUCGGUGUCACUCUGGGUCCCCUUUAAGUGAGACGAGGUUAAAAUUUUAUACACAGAAGAGAGACUCCAGUCAACAAAAUCAACAUUAAUUGGAAAGGAAUGAUGUUGUCCUUAAAGAACUUACAAAAUACCAUCUACAACCCGACAAUCCCCUAUGUUGGCACCAUUUCUGAGCAGUUGAAGCCUGGCUCUUUGAUUGUGAUCCGUGGGCAUGUUCCUAGUGAUGCUGACAGAUUCCAGGUGGACCUGCAGGUCGGCAGCAGUGUGAAGCCCCGAGCUGAUGUGGCCUUUCACCUCAACCCUCGCUUCAAAAGAUCGGGCUGCAUCGUAUGCAACACUCUGACCCAGGAGAAGUGGGGGUGGGAGGAGAUCAUCUACGACACCCCCUUCCAGAGGGAGAAGUCCUUUGAAAUUGUCAUCAUGGUGCUGAAGGACAAGUUCCAGGUGGCUGUGAAUGGAAAACAUACUCUGCUCUAUGCCCACAGGAUCAGCCCAGAGAGCAUAGACACGCUGGGCAUUUAUGGCAAAGUGAACAUUCACUCAGUUGGUUUUAGCUUCAGCACGGAUUUACAAAAUACUCAAGCAUCGAUUCUGGGACUAUCAGAGAUAAAUACAGAAAAUGUACAAAAGUCUGGCAUUUCACAGUUUCCUAGUAAUAGAGGAGAUAUUUCCAAAAUCGUCCCCACAACUGUCUACUCCAAGAGCAGAGACUCGACCGCGAACCACACUGUGACUUGCACCAAAAUCCUUCCUACCAACUAUUUGUCAAAGACCCUGCCUUUCAAAGGGAGGCUCAACUCCCCCAUGGGCUUUGGACGGACCGUCGUCAUUAAAGGAGAAGUGAAUACAAAUGCGAAAGGCUUUAAUGUUGAUCUAGUGGCAGGAAAAUCAAAGGAUAUCGCUCUCCACUUGAACCCACGCCUGAACGUGAAAGCAUUUGUAAGGAAUUCCUUUCUUCAGGGAGCCUGGGGUGAAGAGGAGAGGAAUAUCACCUGUUUCCCAUUUAGUCCUGGGAUGUACUUUGAGAUGAUCAUUUACUGUGAUGCCAAGGAGUUCAAGGUGGCGGUGAAUGGGGUGCACAGCGUGGAGUAUAGGCACAGGCUCCGGGACCUGGGCAGUGUUGACAUGCUCGAGGUGGAUGGCGACGUUCACCUGCUGGAGGUGCGGAGCUGGUAGCCGCCACCGCCAACCCAAAUACAUCAGCCUCUGUGACAUGGGCCUGUCCACGUGCAUCUCGAGUCACUACGUGUUUGUUGUUGAGCUCUCAGAGUGUCAAGGCCUCCUGGUGUUCCCCUGCUGUCCGCUGCCCUGUUCGGCCAGUGUGCUUUCCUCCAGUGCUCAGGAACAAACUGGCAGCCAAGGCUCUGCCGCUGUUAAUACCACACUCAAUUAAGCAGCUAAGCACCUGCUCUGCUGUCAGUGCUGAGGAACAGGGGCGUGGUCUGUGUUAGUGGCUGGGCCCCGGCAGGCAGAGCUGAGGUGAUCCCUGUCCUUCCGGCUGGGACAGUGUGGUGGUGCUGGGUGCACUUGUCCACAUGCGCACUCACUGCGUCCUUCCAGGUCAGGAGAGGUUAAGUGCUGCUGGGUGGGACAUUACCCCUACUGCACACCCUUCCUUCCCUAUUUGCCUCAUCAGAUCCUGUGGCCAGGACACUGCACAGGCUCCCAUUGGCAGUCUUUAGCAGUGUAACUAACUUUUCUCGCUAUAAUAGCUUUACUGAACAAUUAACAUGGAAACAUGAGAACAUAGUAAAAGAAGGCAAAAAAAUCCCACCCCAACAAGAACACCCAAAACCAAUCAUAUGGAGGUUAUGGCAGCCAACUUGAGGUGUGUGUGUCCCUGCCUGCAGUGAGCUUAGGGCACAGGCCAGAUGAAUGCAGUCAGUAGACCCUAUUGUAGUGCCAUGAGACGGGUGGACUCCUAAGGCAGGCACCACUCUGAGAGCUAGGCAGUGGAGGCAGCAUCUUGUUCUCCUGCAAACUGGCACUUCCUCUACUUAGUGACUGCUUAGUCAUCAUGACUUGAGACCAAAACCUUGCUGUGUUUACGUGAUUACAAUCAGGCCUGUAUCGGC